CUUCCGCACAACAGCAGGUCAGCUGAUUCGGCACGCGGAAACUGUAAAGUAAAUUGGAAAGCGCCAGUAGAUCGCCAAAGUAGCCGCAUCCACAGAUAUCACCAUUUAAUGUUGACAACAGCUUACGUGAGCAGCACUUUGGAUAUAAACUCAUAUAGCUUUUUUUUUUUUUAAAACACAGUCACUGUGCUGUCAUCUUCAGGAGAAAGUUAUGGCACAUUACGAGUCGUUGGUCGCUUUGAAUGGGACUCAAAUUUCCUACAUCGGACAUGACUGUGAGUACAUUCCAGACUUCCUUGGAGACACAUAUGGCCAUUUUGCAAGAAGGCUGGAUCUGAGCUUCAAUCAGCUCAGGUCACUGGCAGGCCUCAAAAUGUUCACUGAGCUGGAAGAGCUGGUCGUUGACAACAAUCUGCUUGGAAAUGACCUCCGGUUGCCCAGGUUACCCAACCUCCACACCCUAACACUCAAUAAGAACCAACUGACUGAUAUCGAGGCACUGCUGGAACACUUGGCUGAUGUGACCCCGUCACUGGAGUACCUAAGCCUGCUGGGAAAUGAGGCCUGCCCCAACCAGCUGGUCAGCCCGGAUAAGGAUGAGGACGACUACCAGAGAUACAGGUACUUUGUUGUGCACAAGUUGCCCCAGCUGAAGUUUCUGGACACCAGGAAAGUAACCAAAAAAGAAGUGAUGGAGGCACAGGAAAGAGGAGCAUUCAUGAAAGUGGUCAAACCCAAGUCAGAAGCUCCACCUAAUGAAGCUGGAUCUGAGAGUCACCCACUGCCCUACACUCCUCUACCACGAGGAUCCAGAGAUGCCAAGAACCACAAAGGGGUAUUUGCCAAGUGUCGCUACGUCUACUAUGGCAAGCACUCAGAAGGCAACAGAUUCAUCCGAAACGACCAACUCUGAUGGACGGCUGGUCAGGCGUAAAGAAGAACAUGAAUGACAAUGGAUGUUAACAGAAGGAAAGAGGAUCAAAUCAAUCUCUUAUUUAUUAAAACCACUGGUGAUAUUUGAGUCGCCUGAUCUCCCACUGGAAAAAGAUUUAAACUUCAUCAAAAGAUGUUUUUAUAGUUAUGUAAGGGGAAUAUUUUUAAGUUUUUAAAGUUUGUAUUCCAGCCCCAUAGAUAUGGCCUCCUCUGCUGAGCUGGGUCUGCCUCUGCCUCCCUGUCUGUCAAAGUCAGUGAUGACACUCCCACUGACAUGAUUGCCUGUAAGCAUCAGCAACCGCACAACUCCAGACACACACAUGCAAGGACAGUCUUUCUCUAUCUCUCUUUCUCUCACACACACACAGUGACAAACAUACCUAGCAAAUUGCAUCCUUUUCUUUGACAGCCAAGAUAGAUCACCCGUCCACUACCACCACUAAUCAAGGGUGAAAGGGGUGACGGUCACACACCUGGGGUCUGACAUGGACUCAUUUCUGUCAUUCUCACGCUCUCUCUCUCUCUCUCUUUUACACACACACUCUUACACACAUACUCUAACUGCUGUUUAAAACAUUAAGACAUCACAAAGAGUUUAGCAGAACAAAGUUUAUACAGCCUGGUUAAACAUUCCUAAGAUCAGUCUGCCAUGUUUAGUUUGCGGCAGAAUGCUUUUCCUUCUUUUGUUUGAAUGAACUUUAUUGAAUGAAUUUUAUCUUUGUGUCUCUGUCUGUCUGAUAGCUGAGCAAUGAUUCAUUCAGUUUCUGUUGCAAGUGUGUAUGUGUUAGCACAUGUGUCAUUUUCUGGAAGAGAUGUGUCAAAGUUUUUAAAGUCAAAAACAUUCCAUAUCAGCUUUAAUGAAGAACACAAUUAUAACCAAGUAUGCUUUCCAGGUCUCUCAUUAUAUUUUAUUUUCUCAUGUUGUUUUGCCUUUCCCAGUUUGCGUCUUCAACCUUAAACUUCACUUGUCAUAAAUGUGUGUUUCAAUGCAUUUUAUAAUACUUAAAUAAUCAUCAUGGUUUUGCAGUGUUUAUCAUGAUUUUUAGUGCCUUAUCACAACAACCUAAGGAAAAGUGCUGUCAUUCUUUAAUAUCUAAUUUAAAGUUCUCCAGGCAACCUUCCAAUAUGAAAUUUUGAUAUGAAUGAAUGAUGUGAUAUGGCUUAUCUGAUGUGAAAUUGCAUUAGAUGGAUGUCUUCAAGUGAUUAAAAGGGUUUAACUAA